CUUAACCACCACAGCAUGCCUGGCUUCUUUUCGGGCCCCUGGGCCCCUCUGCAUGCGCCCAGGCAGCUCUUUGAGCAUUUCCUGCAGACUCACUGUCUGCCUUCUGCAUGGGCUGUAAGAUCUCUGUCCUCUGAGGGAGGACAGACUCCACCGGCAGUGCACCUGCUGCCACAGACAGGCUGUAGGGACAGCACAGCGCUUCCUGUUGUCCUCUCCUACCCCACCCCCUGCCUGAAACACGCUUUGCAUACGGGACUUUCUCAGGUGGCGCUGGCAGCCCAGGCUGGGGAGGUGGCUUUUUGCCACUUCGCUGCUUGGAAGGAGAUUCAGGAAGUGGAGCCACACGCCCGUGAUGUCCACCUACAGGCGGGCCACGCUGGACGAGGAGGACUUGGUGGACUCUCUCUCAGAGGGCGACGGCUACCCCCAAGGCGCGCAGGAGACCCCUCAGUGUGCCUCAGUGAAGCCUGUGUCUCAGUGACCAGCUCCAUCUUGAGCUCCAUGGACCCCGCCGUGGACCCCUGCCAUGACUUCUUCACCUACGCCUGUGGUGGCUGGAUCAAAGCCAACCCUGUGCCUGACGGCCACUCGCGCUGGGGCACCUUCAGUAACCUCUGGGAACACAACCAGGCCAUCAUCAAGCACCUUCUCGAAAACUCCACUGCCAGUGUGAGUGAGGCAGAAAGGAAGGCACAGGUGUACUACCGAGCGUGCAUGAACGAGACCAGAAUUGAGGAGCUCAAGGCCAAGCCCCUGAUGGAGCUGAUAGAGAAGCUUGGAGGCUGGAACAUCACAGGCCCCUGGAACAAAGACAACUUCCAGGACACUCUGCAGGUGGUCACCUCCCACUACCGCACCUCGCCCUUCUUCUCUGUCUAUGUCAGCGCAGACUCCAAAAACUCCAACAGCAAUGUGAUCCAGGUGGACCAGUCUGGCCUGGGCCUACCCUCAAGGGACUAUUACCUGAACAAAACUGAAAACGAGAAGGUGCUGACAGGCUACCUGAGCUACAUGGUCCAGCUGGGAAAGCUGCUGGGCGGAGGGGACGAGGAGGCCGUUCAGCAGCAGAUGCAGCAGAUCCUGGACUUCGAGACGGCGCUGGCCAACAUCACCAUCCCUCAGGAGAAGCGCCGGGACGAGGAGCUCAUCUACCACAAAGUGACCGCGGGCGAGCUGCAGACCUUGGCCCCCGCCAUCAGCUGGCUGCCCUUCCUCAGCACCAUCUUCCACCCCGUGGAGAUCAACGAGUCUGAGCCGAUCGUCGUCUAUGACAAAGACUACCUUGUCCAGGUCUCUGCCCUCAUCAACAGCACGGACAAGUGCCUGCUGAACAACUACAUGAUCUGGAACCUGGUGAGGAAGACCAGCUCCUUCCUUGACCAGCGCUUCCAGGACGCUGACGAGAAGUUCAUGGAAGUUAUGUACGGGGCCAAGAAGACCUGUCUUCCUCGAUGGAAGUUCUGUGUGAGUGACACUGAAAACAGCUUGGGCUUUGCCUUGGGGCCCAUGUUUGUCAAGGCCACCUUCGCAGAGGACAGCAAGAACAUAGCCAGCGAGAUCAUCCAGGAGAUCAAGAAGGCGUUUGAGGAGAGCCUGAGCACACUCAAGUGGAUGGACGAAGACACUCGCAAGUCAGCCAAGGAAAAGGCCGAGGCCAUCUACAACAUGAUCGGCUACCCCAACUUCAUCAUGGACCCCAAGGAGCUGGACAAAGUGUUCAGUGAUUACACGGCGGUCCCGGACCUCUACUUCGAGAACGCCAUGCGGUUCUUCAACUUCUCCUGGAGGGUCACUGCCGACCAGCUCCGGAAAGCUCCUAACAGAGACCAGUGGAGCAUGACUCCGCCGAUGGUGAACGCCUACUACUCACCCACCAAGAACGAGAUUGUGUUUCCAGCAGGGAUCCUGCAGGCUCCGUUCUAUACCCACUCCUCACCCAAGGCCUUAAACUUCGGCGGCAUUGGUGUUGUCGUGGGCCACGAGCUGACACACGCCUUUGAUGACCAAGGACGCGAGUACGACAAGGAGGGGAACCUGCGGCCCUGGUGGAAGAACUCGUCCAUCGAGGCCUUCAAGCUGCAGACUGAGUGCGUGGUGGAGCAGUACGGCAACUACAGCGUCAACGGAGAGCCUGUGAACGGCCGGCACACCCUCGGGGAGAACAUCGCGGACAAUGGGGGCCUCAAGGCCGCCUACAGGGCCUACCAGAACUGGGUGAAGAAGAACGGGCCUGAGCAGACGUUGCCCACCCUGGGCCUCAGCAACGAACAACUCUUCUUCUUGGGCUUCGCACAGGUCUGGUGUUCUGUCCGCACGCCUGAGAGUGCCCACGAAGGCCUCAUCACCGACCCCCACAGCCCUUCCCGCUUCCGUGUCAUCGGCUCCGUCUCCAACUCCAGGGAGUUCUCAGAACACUUCCACUGUCCGCCCGGCUCCCCUAUGAACCCUCAUCACAAGUGUGAAGUCUGGUGAGGGCCCAGGCCCCGGAGCGGAGACAGAGAAGGGGGCGAGGCUGAGUGCGGCCUGGGGUGGGCUGACAAGACUGCCCCUUCUGUCCAGCGUCCGGGUCUCGCCCAGCCCCUUGGCCGCCCCGGGCCCCCACUCCCUGCACUGGAGGGUUUUCAGCUGGAGGUGGUCUGCGGUGUGGUUCUCAGCACAGUCCGAGAUUUGAUCCCCUGUGAAGACCCCACAUCCCCGGCACUCCCGUGCGGCAGCUCUGAAUUCAGAGCACUGGGAUCUGGCUGCUUACCAGGCACAGCCCCCACGCCGACAGGCCCAGCACCAGAUACACCAACAACACCACUGUGUUAAAUACUUUAAAAAUAUAUUUUUGGGAGACUAUUUUCUAGACAUAGUGGAAUACACUGGAAAUCUUCAGGGAAUUAAUAUGUUGAAAACACUUUUUUUAAGGGAAGAAUUAGUAUAUUUAUUAUGUUCUGUUUUUCUAAAUAACCUGUGUAUAAGGGAAGCACCCAGCAGCUCUCUCUCCCACCCUGGCUGUGACGUUGGGCAGAGGCAGCAAGCCCUGGCCGUGGGUCCUGAGGACAGAUCUCACACAACCUGGGGCAUCCAUCUGCCGUUUCAGCAGGGAACCUGGGUCUGCAGUUACUGGAUGCAGAGAGAACAGUGUGGAGGCCAGCUGGGUGUGGGGCCCUGCCUCCCCUGCCCCCAAGCCCGGAAGUGAGAGCCCCAGGAAGGAGGAUGUGAGUUCACACAGCCAGAGCUGGUGGCUGUGGAGGACUGAGGCCACUGCAGGACCCUCACAGCCAGUCUGCAGGUGGCCCAAGCCUGGGAAGCCCCGCCAAGCUGCCACACGCCCCCCUCCUUCUGUCUCUUUUACCCACCCCCCAGCUAGGGUCCUGAAGCUUCUGCAGGGAUCCCAUCCUUGUCCCUUUGGGGGCUGACUUGCCCACCCCAUUCCCCAGGAGAAAGAGAAAACAGUCCUCACCUCACACAGGGCCCGAGUCCUCUCUCUGAGCCUUGCCCUCACCACCUGACUCGCAUGGUCUAGUGCCUUACCUGAGGCUGUGACCCUGGACUCCCCAGAGGAGACAACCCCUCCAGGGACCCCGUGGCCUCCUCAGUAAAACCCCCAAGUGACCUGAUGGAACUCAAGGCCAUACCCCCCAUCCCCAGUGCCCACAGAGCUCCCUUCAAGGCUGUCCAGCAGCUCUGGCCCAGUCAGGAGUCCAGGGAGCCCUAGAAUGUGCCCUGGGCUCUGUCCCUCCUUUAUCGAGCCUCUUAGGUUGAACCCAGACGGCUUUCCUGUUGGGGUGCUUCCAGCUGCAGGAAGCUGUGGGGCGAAGCCGCCCUGCUCUGGGUGGUCUCGGCUCUGGGGUGGGGCCCAGGAACACCUUUCUGGGGGCCACGGGCUUUGUCUCAGCAGGUCCAGAGCCCCCCAACCCCCCUGUCCUCAGGGGAAACACACGUGACAGGGAGAACCAGCGCCCAGUUUGGCUGUCUCAGUAGCUGGACCCUCCCCACCUCUGCCCUCCAAGCCUUGCCCCCCCCCCCCCAGGAAGACAGAGCUCCCCCGCCUGAGGGGAGCAGACGCCCCAGGGACUGCCGUGGCCACCAUGAGAUGAGCCCUGUGCUGAGGCAGGGUGUGGGGUGGGCCACAGCCUGACAGCUCUUCAGAGGAGACGAGACGCUAGAGAAACUGCACCCUGCCUCACAGAAGUGGCUUUCCCCAGCACCCUCCUGCCCCUCUACCCCACCCACCCUCUCUGCCUUCUGGCUGGCCAGGUAGAAAACUCCUGGUCCAUCAGCACACAGACUGAGACCCCUCCCCAGAUGGAAGCAAGUGUCCUGGGACUGAGGGUCCCCGCAGAGAGGAGCUUCCCAGUGUCCAUGCAGGGGCGAGGGACAGGGAGACAUCAAAGAAGCCAGGGAGACCCCACCCAGCUUCUGAGAGGCCCAGGUGAGAUGGGCAGUAGUCCUCGGAGGAACCUUGGGCCCAGGGAGCCACGAGGCCAUCUUCUCUGCAGGUACAUGGUUGAGGGUUGGAGCAGGGAAUCUAUUUUUUGUACCAUUAUGUUGUGUAGCUUUGGUGUGGCACCACUGUAAUUGAAAUAAAAUGCUUGUACUGAG